UCUCUUCUCUAUAUAUACCCAUUUUUCCACUAAACUUAGACAAACAAAAUACACAAUCUUAUCCUCUCUUUUUUCUUCUCCUAAAAUUCUAAAACAACUUAUAUAUAUAUAUACAACUUAAUUAUUAAUUUUCAUAUUUAUCUACAAUUACAAUCAUGGCUAAUUAUGAAGAAGUUUCAGCUCUUAAAAGAAUUAAGUUACAUCUUCUAGGUGAAUUUUCUCCACUUCCAUCUCCUAUUUCACAACCCUCCUUAAAUUUUGAUUUUGAUUUUGAUUUUCAAUUUCAAACGGAACAAAUUCAAUCUCAAUCCGAAUCGGAAUCAAAAUCCAUCAAUUCCGAUUCUUCGAUUUCUUUGGAUCAUUACUUAACUGAUCUCUUUCAAACAGAAACACAAUUUCCCGUCUUUGAAUUUGAUUCAAAACCUCAAUUAAUUGAAACUGAGAGUCCACAACCCUUAAUUUCUCAAAGAACCGUAGAGAAAAAGCCUCAACUGAAUAGAAAACCGUCGCUGAAAGUUGAUUUACCGAAGAAAACAACCGAAUGGAUCCAAUUCGGGAAACCCGAACCGAAACCGGAGGUGAUUGUGAAGGCGGAAGUUGUUGAGAAACAACACUACAGAGGAGUUAGACAAAGACCGUGGGGAAAGUUCGCGGCCGAAAUCCGUGACCCGAAUAAACGCGGGUCAAGGGUUUGGCUUGGAACGUUUGAAACGGCUAUUGAAGCUGCUAAAGCUUAUGAUCGUGCUGCUUUUAAGCUGCGUGGAUCUAAAGCGAUUCUUAAUUUUCCUCUUGAAGUCAACGCGGCGGUGAUGGCGGAGACGGAGACUUCCGGUGACAAAAAACGGUGCCGUGAAGAGGAAGAGGUAGUAGAAGUGAAACCGGUGGUGAAAAAAGAAAAAAUAACGGAAUUUGAUGUGAACUAUUUUAAAGAGAUGCCGCUAACGCCGUCAGCUUUCACUGGGUUUUGGGAUAAUAAUGAUGUUAAGGGGAUGUUCAACUUUCCACCUUUGUCACCGUUAUCUUCCUUUUGUUUGUCACCUCUUGUGGUUGUUUGAAAUUUCUAUUUUAGGGAUGCUUUUAUUAAGGUUGUGUUAUUUUAGUAUCUCGAUACACAUUGUUGAAAUACAAUUUGAUGUAACAUGAUUCAUCGCUGAUUGAUGCUGAACUUGGAAGAGCUAUGACCGUGGUUUGAUUCCCUGCAAAUGCCAUCAGAGGAAGUAAAACCAUUUGGUGUCAAAACUGACCCCGAACCAGAUUAAAUUAGUGGUGAAAGGCAAAAAAAAAUGAUUCGAGUCGAAGAGAAAGUAAUAUAAAACUCAGAACUGUAUGAAUAUACGGUGUUUAUGUUAAAAUUUGUAUUCGAAAGUACUCUUUUGUAAUUUCAUCCUGAAUAGAGAUGUGGAAUGUAAAUUUUAUGAAAUUAUUUAAUUUAUUUGUCUAUUUAAACUUUUUAAA